AUGGUGUUUAUCCAGGGACGAGCAGGCCCUAAUGCACACAGCAUCAGCCCUCAGGCUGUGUGGCAGUUCAACAAUGCGUUCAAGUGCACCACUACUCUGAUUGAACCCUUUUCAGACUACAGUUACUAUGGCUGCUACUGUGGCUUGUUGAGAUUCGGCGAUCCAGAUGAAGACUUAGACAGGUGCUGCCAGACUCAUGACCACUGUUAUGCUCAGAUCAAGAAGCUAGAAAACUGCAAAUUCUUCAUAAGGAAUCCCUACACCAGCUUAUACUUGGACUUGUGUUCUGGGAAUGAGAUCACCUGCAGUGACAAAAACAACCCCUGUGAGGCCUUCAUCUGCAACUGUGACUGCGAGACUGCCAUCUGCUUCUCCCAAGCUCCAUACAACAAGAAUUACAAAGGCAAAUACUGUUAG